AUGUUAGUAUUUUUCCCAAGUCUUACGAGAAAGAUGUUAAUGAAGCGAGAACAUGUUAAUUACCUCCAGUGGAGUGCAGCUGUAUCUCUAGUGUGUGCUAUUGUUGGAACUAUUUCGUUAUCCACGGAUUUCUGGAUCAACGGAACCGCUAAGGCGGUUAAGUUUAAUAUCUCAGACGUUCAAGAUUCUAAUAUUAAUUACGGAUUAUUUAGCGGAACUUUGGUUAGGAGAAUUUUACUUAUUACUUGUAUUUUUAAUGAGAAUAUUUGUAUUUGGAGCUGCCAACAAUAUAAUGGGUUAAGAAAAAAGGAAGCCAUUUCGUUGUUCCUUGGGCAAGAGACGCCAUUUUCUUGUUUAGUUACCACGCGAUCAGCUGAUUACAAUUAUCUUAACGGUUUAGCAACAAAAGAAUUAUUUUUAAGUGCAUCAGUAGCAGCAACAGCAAUAUUUUUUAUUAUUUUAACAAUAAUAAUCUACUAUGCUUCAUUUAUAUUGAUCUUACUCAAUUGUUUCAUGAGUCCAGCAAUAACUUUUUUAAAUAUUACGGGAAUUUAUAUAAUAACAAUAUCAGCUUUUUCAAUAAAUCUCAUCGCUCUUAUUAUCUACGGAAGUUACUACAACAGUUGGGUCAAGAAUAACAUCGGAAUUUUGGACACCAUUGUUGGCGACUACAAAUCCGAUGCUAAUUUAGGGAUCUUCUUUGUUAUUUUCUUGGUCCAUCCAACGAUUAUUAUUUUGUUAAAAUUUAGAAACAAUAAACUUAUUCUUCAACGCAAGGAAACAGUGAUUGUUGUCGCUAAGUCAAAUAAGUGCGUAUAUUGUUUUUGGUCAAAGAGAAAUGCGAGUUUUUUACUUGAAUCAAGAUAUCCUUUCUAUGUAGCUCCCUGA